AUGGUGGUGAGGAGAGUGCCGGUGGGGAGGCCGCAUGUGGAGGAGGUCGUGGAUGGCGUCACGGCGCAACCGCGUGAACGAGCCAUCAAGCGAGGAUGGAGGUGCAGGCUACUGGUUCGGGAACCGAAUCUGAUACUGCCGAAUGUUCGGGAGGCGAACGUGGUGGUAUGCGAACCAGCGGACGGGCUGCAACUGCCGAACGUUCGGGAGAUGAACAUGGAGGUAGGCGAACUGGCGAAUGGGAGACAACUGCUGAACGUUCGGGAACUGAACGUGGAGGUACCGUCACUGCCUGCCGUUCGGUUGCUGAACGGGGAGGCAGGAAAACUGCAGAACGUUCGGUUUUUGUGUCUUCUUUUGCAGGGAAUGAAGGAGAAGCGGCUGCAAGUGAUAGGAGUCCUGGAAAGAGGCCUGGACAAGCACGGGCCAGCGGAAGAAGGAUGA